CGCUUCUCCCCUGGGCCUGGAUUCACUAAAGAGUACCUGUUGUAAUAAUGAUUCACUAAAUAUUUACGAACUUUGCAAGACGCUUGUUUUUUUUUUUCGUAAAGUUAAUAUUUUUAAAGACCUCUUAAGGCGAUGUAACCCGGACUUAGGAGCGUCUCUUCACAUUAUAAACCGCAACAUAAACUGGGAUAUGGAAUUGCAAGUUGUAUGAGCAAGUGACUAUGAAGUACGGUGGUAGAGGGUGUUCUGAAGUCUCCUAAACACUUUUGAGGUGAAUGAUAGGCACGGCAGGCCUCCACUAUAUAGAUAAUAUUAGAGAGUUGAGUGGUGAGUUUUGCACAUUGUGUGAAUGCGAAAAUAUCAAGGAUGAGUGCAGUGACAGAAUUGGUUUUACGAGAACGAAGAGGAAGAAUCAAAAGAAGUUUCUAAAAAUCACUCUGAGACAGUAAUGACAGGACAGCGGAAAGGGAAAGAUUAGAUGCAAAGAAUGCAAAGAAAACGAGGGAGUGAGAUAGAGAGCAAAAGAAGAAAGAACGCCGUAAUAAACAAGAAGGAUGAGGAAGAAGUUGGAGAGCAAGGAAAUCACUCGAGCUUGUAUGCAUAAAAAAAGAAGAGAGAGGAAGAAAGGAGAGUUAAUCAGUAUGAACAUAAAGAAAAGAAUAACAAGGAAAAAGAAAUACGAGAGAGAGAGAGAGAGAGAGAGAGAGAGAGAGAGAGAGAGAGAGAGAGAGAGAGAGAGAGAGAAUCAGAUUGUACAGUAUAUCCAUAAAGAGUUAGAGAAGUAUAAACAAAAACUUAAGGAGGAGAAAGGAAUAUAAUAGAAAAAGAGAAAUUAGUCUAACGUCCAUAAAGUCAAAGAAGGCUGAAAAUUAAUAUGUUGUGUAGAAAAGAUAAGAACGGGGAAGAAAAUUAUAAAGGUAAGAGGAAAAGAAGAAAUCAAACAUCUUCGGAAACAGAAAGAGAAGAUGUGAAAAGUUAGUCUAAAAUAUAAAGUAAAAGAAGAAAGAGAAAAAGAGAAAAGAGGAAGUAAAAUUAUCCUAUUCGUGAUCAGCAAGAGAAGAAAGGAAGCCAGCAUAUAGAACAACAAAGGAGAGAGAGAGAGAGAGAGAGAGAGAGAGAGAGAGAGAGAGAGAGAGAGAGAGAGAGAUAUGGUAAGAAAAAAAAAAGCUAACAUGAACGCAAUUAGUGAGAGGAGAAAGAAAAAUCCGAGUUUACUCAAGGGAGUGCUUUAUUUCAUUCAGUUAGUCAAUCAGUCAAGCAGUCAGUCUACCUCUCUAUCUAUAUUUCAGGACCCUCAUCCUCCAACUUUUAGAUAAUCCAUUUGAGGCUAUUCUUGAGGAGUGGCACCCGAGUGGUCUUUCUUUUAACAAUUCUUUUUUGUUAUCAUAGACCAACUCUCUAACAUAAAAUAAAUAAAUAAAAUCUACCAAUCUACUGAGUGACUCCAACUGCUCCCAACGGUUCCAAUCUUGCUCUCUACAAACUCAAGCUCAAGAUCCGGCGGCUCCUGUGAGUGACACUGACACGAGAACAAGGGGUGGGGCGUAAAGGGACACCUGUUUGUCGCCUGCAAGAUGCGUCUCGGGGAGAGAAGGGAGAGCACUGCGGCGGCAGCUGGUGCGGUGCAAAACUGGACAGGAUGAAACCCCACCUGGACCUGCAGCUGAGAAAAGAAGUUAGCAUCCCUGGGUAAGGCGGAGGAGGGGAAGAGUGGCAAGCUCACCAUGAAUCAAAACUCCAACACCAGAUCUGUUUCAGACAUUGUUCAGGCAAGAGCAAGAAAAUUCUUCAGCAAAAAGACACUUCACCAGCGACUGCCCAUCACCCAAUGGCUGCCCAAGUACAACCUGGAGUCUUUGGAGGGGGACAUGGUGGCUGGCCUGACAGUGGGCCUGACAGUCAUCCCUCAGGGAAUCGCGUAUGCCCUCGUGGCUGGCCUUACACCUAAUUAUGGGCUGUACUCGGCCUUCAUGGGCUGCUUUGUGUACAUGUUCCUGGGAAGCUGCAAGGACAUCACCAUUGGGCCCACUGCCAUUAUGUCCAUCAUGACCCAUGAAUACUCUGUCGACAAGAACCCAGACUAUGCCAUCCUUUUGUGCUUCCUGAGUGGUAUCAUCAUCUUUGCUGCUGCCGUUUGUAAUCUAGGAUUCCUUAUCACUUUCAUAUCCAAGCCAGUCAUAGCAGGCUUCACCUCAGCUGCUGCUAUCUCCAUUGCUUCCUCACAGCUGAAGGGACUGUUUGGCCUGUCAUACCAGAGUGAAUCAGUAAUAGAAGCUUUCAGUAAGCUGUUUGAGAACAUCGGGGACACCAGGUGGCAAGAUUUGACCCUAGGAUUAUGUUCCAUAGUUGUCUUACUCUUGAUGAGGAAACUGAAAGACCUGAAGAUCACCAAGGUCCAGCCGGAUGACAGCACUUAUGUGAGGAUUGGCAGGAAGAUGCUGUUCCUCAUCUCCGUGGGACGCAAUGCUAUUGUUGUCAUUGUGGCUGGCAUCAUUGCCUUUGCUGCCAAGAGUGACACCUUCACUCUAACAGGGGAUAUUGAGGCUGGCUUGCCGGCAUUCAAGGCACCUCCGUUCUCCACCUGGGAUAAUGGGACAGAGAUUUACUUCAGUGAAAUGGUGUCUAAUGUUGGAGCAGGAAUCAUCAUCAUCCCCCUGAUCUCCAUUCUAGAAAGCAUUGCCAUCGCCAGUGCCUUUGCUGGAGGCAAGACUAUAGAUGCCACACAGGAAAUGUAUGCACUUGGCAUGUGCAAUAUUCUUGGGGCAUUUGUGCAAUCCAUUCCGGUGACUGGAUCUUUCUCUCGGACUGCUGUCAAUUCCACCAGUGGUGUCAAAACACCAGCUGGAGGAAUAGUGACAGGUUUGCUAGUAGUGUUGGCACUGGCCUUCUUGACACCAUAUUUCAAAUACAUUCCCAAAGCUACAUUAUCAGCCGUGAUUAUAUGUGCUGUGAUAUUUAUGGUGGAGUACGAGACAGUGCGGCCUAUCUGGAAGGCACGGCAGCUGGAUCAAAUUCCUCUCUGGGGUACAUUCUUGACAUGCCUAUUCUGGAAGCUUGAGUUUGGGAUUCUUGUUGGUGUCGGCAUCAACCUGGCCAUCCUUCUUUAUGGUGUUGCUCGGCCAAAGGUCAAUGUUUCCACAGUGCUCAGGAAGGAUGAAAGUGGCCCCCAUUAUGUAUUAGUGGAGCCCAGGAGUGGUCUAUUCUUCCCCUCCGUCGAUCACAUUCGGGGUCAAGUAACAAAGGCAGGUGUGGGUCCAGCAGAAAGCAGUGUGAUGGUGGUGGUGGACUGCAAACACUUCACAGGAAUAGAUUAUACAGCUACAAAAGGAAUGAAGAGCUUGUGCCAAGAUUUUGAGAGGCGACACCAACCUCUGGUGUUCACCAAUGUGACACCUGGAGUGGAAAGAGGACUCUGCUCUCUCAUCGACGACAUUGUCAUUGCUCGCUCUUCGGACCAGAUUGAUGCCGCCUACAAAAGUGCAAGCUCGAAUGCUGUUGCAGAGAACCUCUACUCAGGGGAUGAAGCUAUACGGCGAGUCAGCCGCAGUGAGGGAGACCCUGAAAGUCUGGGCCCACUCCUGGAGCCUAUGAGCAGCGCCAGGCCUAUCAUUGUUCCUGCACACAAUCCAUGAGCUUCCCAGAACAAGAAUGAAAAAAACUGUUACUGUGACAAGAAUUACUCAAGAGUGCAGUCUCAUUCUCAAGGAUACUUGACAUCUGGAUAAUGCACAAGCAUAUGUGUGUGUAUUUACCGUGUUGCAUGUGUGUAUGCAUGCGUGCAUGCAUGUGUGUAUGCGUGCAUGCAUGUGUGUGUGCUUGCAUGUGUGUGUGCAUGCAGGUGUGUGUGCAUGUGUGUGUACAUGCGUGGCUUUGUGUGUGUGUGUGUGUGUGUGUGUGUGUGUGUGUGUGUGUGU